CAGCUGUUGCCAUUGCGCAGCCCUUGACUGUGUUAGUUAUUGUUGGCGAAAACGUGACAAUGACGAAUCUACGCAAAGAAUUGGAAAAAUGCAAGCAUCCAAAUAGCCGGAAAACUAAGGCCCUGGGCAAAAAGGCUAGACGUCAGAACAACAAGCAUAAAUCUCGACUUGGUCAUGCCAUCAAAAGCAACCUCAUGGGCGAGAAGUUGGGUUGGUUCCUAGAUCACAUUGAAGAAGGGCGCACAGCUCCGUUAAGUCCAAUUGAGUUUGAGAACUUAAUUGUUCUCUAUCUCAAGCGGUUCGAUGAGGAGUUAGAACAGAUUGCUCUUAAGCAAUCAAUUGGAAAACAUCGAGCAAACCAGCAUGCGUCACGCAAGGAUGUGAUCACCAUUACCCUGGAAAAGGAGCGGAAUGAAUAUCAAAGCGGUGGAAUGGAACUCCUAAACCUUUGCGACGCAGGCAAAUUCAAAACAUUGUUGGAUUGGGAUGGCAGUGCUCUGAGUGUGCAACAUUUAAAAUUGGAUUUGGUUUCUCACAGAAUGUUGCAGAGGUUGAAAAAUGAUGCCAAUGAGGCUGUUACAGCAUCUAGCAGCAAGUCUGAGCAAAUGGAAACGUAAAAUAGUUAACACUCUUAAAUACAAAUAUAUACUUUAAAAAAAACCUA